AAUACCGCCGGAGCCUCCCUCUAAAAUCCACUUUCUCUCACUACAAAUUUCCCCCAUUCUUCUCUCAAAGCUCCGAUCUUUCACUCACUUCAGUUCUCAAAUGGCUUCUGUUUCCUCUGCCGUUGCGCCGCCGUUCUACCUGGAGGAGAAAUGGAAGCUGUCGAAGAAGGAAGCUCCGGCGAGAAGCCGGUCGUCGGCGUCGUAUCCUCUGAUGAGAAAUUCGUCGGAGAGGAGAUGUUCUUUCACCAGGAAAUGUGCGAAAUUGGUCAAAGAACAGAGGGCUCGAUUCUACAUCAUGAGGAGRUGCGUCACCAUGCUCAUCUGCUGGCAUAACCACAGCGACUCCUGAAAUCUCAAAUCCCCUGUUUUUCUUCUUACACUCUGAAAUUUUUCGAAUCAAAAUCAGAAUCAGAAUCUGAAAUCUGAAUCGGUUCUCUGAGAUUUGGGGCCUGGAAAUGGGCCGAUUGCAGCCAAACCCAGAUGGGAUUUUCCAGAAAUGUUUGCAAAUCCGGAUCUGAGAGAAACAGAGCUAGAGAGAGAGAGAGAGAGAGAGAGAGAGAGAGGGAUAUACUUGUGAAUAGUUAUAUGUAGUAGUAGUUUUGGAAUGGAAUCUGUGCUGGGUUUGUUUUUGGGGAAUUUUGAUUUUGAUUUUUGUUGUGAUGGGCGAUUAACCAGGAUUAGUCUCUGUAACUUCGAUUGUUUUUUGGUCUAAUCAAAUGCAAACUUCACUUCACUUCA